AAAUUGGUAGCUCAACGUUCUCUCUGCUGCAUAACUUGCUAAUUAAUGUCGUCUAAUUUUGGAUUGACUUGCAGCUGAAUUUCCUGAAAAUGGACCGAUUCGAGUGGACAAAUGAUGCGUUAUUACCUCGAGAGACCCUCGUAAAGCAACAACAUGGGAUUCGUUUGUAUGAUGGGAACCAGAAGACCCAGUUUGACCAUGGAAUAGCUGUAUUGACAACUCACAGGUUGAUGUGGAAAGAUAUGCAAGGCAGGGGAGUGAUCGCCUUUCACCUUUCACUGAUCAUUUAUGUAGAGAAGUUUCCAGAUUCUAAGGGCAAAGGGAGUGUAGUAAUUCACCUCCAGCCAGCUACACCCAAUAAAAACCCUGGCCCCGUUAUGAGCAGUCCAAAUACAUACGUCAAACUAGGAUGCAGAGAGGGAGGAGAAGAACAGUUUUUCACCUGCUUGACUGAGCAGCUGUCCAGAAAGAUGUGGCAGUAUGUGCCAGCAGCACAGCAAUCCAAACCAACAGCACAGCCUCGCUCCAUUCACAAAGGUAUUGUGGGAAUCGAGAGGAAAUUGGAAGAGAAAAGAAAAGCAACAGAUACAAAUAUAACCAAGGCAUUUGAAGAUUUGGACAAGCUUAUGACUAAGGCAAAAGAAAUGGUAGACUUGACUAAGACAAUAGCUAACAAGAUCAAGGAGAAACAAGGAGAUAUCACUGAAGAUGAGACUGUGAAGUUCAAGUCCUACCUUCUCAGCCUUGGUAUAGCCAACCCAGUCACAAGAGAAACCUAUGGCUCAGGUCUCAAGUAUCAUGAAGAAUUAGCCAAACAACUUGCAGAGGUCUUGAUAUCACCCGUAGAGGAUAAUGGAGGAAUGAUGGCCAUCACAGAUGUGUAUUGUAGAAUAAACAGAGCUAGAGGAAUGGAGCUGCUUUCUCCUGAUGACUUGAUAGAUGCAUGCCAACAGUUUGAAAGGCUUCGACUUCCAUUGAGGUUACGAAGGUUUACAAGUGGAGUCUUAGUCCUUGAAUCCGUGUCAAAGGGUGAAGAGGCUGCGAUUGAUCAAACAGCUGAAUUGCUUACAGAGAAGGCAUCUUUAAGUGCUGAUGAGCUUGCCCAGAUUGCUGGAGUCUCUGUAAUGUUAGCCAAAGGAAGGUUACUGGCUGCCGAGGAAGUAGGGAAGGCAUGCCGUGAUGAAUCCGUGGAGGGACUUCGAUUCUAUCCUAAUCUAUUCCUCAACCCCCCAUCGAGAUAAUGGAAUACCCCACCCUUCUGUAUCUAUUUACCUGUACUAUAGAUAUAUAUUUAUUUUAUAUUGUUUUUUAAUCAAAAUAAUGUUAUAUGUAAUGAUGAUAAUAAUAGGCAUUUGUUAUAGCACCAUCUAUCUAGAAGUUAUCUAUUUCGAGGUGCAUUGUUAUUAUUAUUCUUACCCCUGCUCUAGCUCUUUAGCUAUGUAUGCCAGUUGGUGCAACAGCAAGCAUAUAAGAAAAAAUGUCAGAUUAUACCACGACAGUGAUAAUAUGCAGUAAUUGUAGUGCCCAUUUAUCUAUUCAGAAUAAUUCAAAGGUGCAGACUUCUAAAAAAAAAGUUCAAACGGAAGUGUAGAGCUUUAGCAAAGUUUUGAAGAGUUCAAAUUGUCAGUUAUGAAAAAAAUUGAAAAAUUAUCGAUGUGAUUGGUCAAUGUCUUUAGAAAAAAAAAUUUGCUACCAUCAUAUAAAAAUGAUAUCGAAGUUUGAGAUUAUGAGGUGUAUUAUCAAAUAGUAAAAAACCUUUCCCAUUACGUUUAAAGGAUAUCAUCCUGUUUCAGCUCCCUUUUCUUUGUAAUGGCUUUUUCGAAUUGUUUAGCUGAUACAUGUGUCAUUAUCAUACAGAACAUAAUGGAAGCUAUGUCCUGAGAAAAAUAUUGUAAUAGCCCCCUCUAGUGGUGAGAUGUCAGAAGAGCUUCAGGAGAUCUUAGGAUAUUAUACCAUGGCUAGGGUUUGAACCCAUGACCCUCUAAUCCACUUAGCCAAAAUCAUACCUAAAGAGUUAAAAGAUCUGUACAUUCUCGAGCUUGUCAACCAAGGGACCUUUAUGGCUUUCAAACCUAUCCAAGGGACAUUGCAAUCAAGUGAUAAUGCUGGGUUAGAUGUACAAAUAUUAUUGAAUAACAACAUAUUUGCAUAAUGUAAAACUCUAAAGAGGGAUUAUAUGGUCACUAGAUUGUGUUUUCAAAGCUGCAUACAUGCAGAGUAAAACUUAUAUCACUCAAGAAACUCCAUUACCUUGAGCGGGACCUUGCGUAGAUAUUCCUGUUUGUAUUAGCACGUGGACUGUAUUUUUGUAUUCUGUAUUUCAUAUUGACUCUGUAAAGGGACGACCUUGUUCCGGUAAGUAAUGGGUUAGUUGAAUCUGGGCGAAAAAAAUACUUUGCAUAUCAACAAUUUAUAUUUGUCACAUGGGGUCGUUGAAGAAGAGCAUUGAUAAUUCAUUUAAUCAUGCAAAUAGUGAUGGGGUUGAAUUGCUAUCCUGUAAAACAUUCUCCCUUGCAUGCAAAUGUCAUCUGUAUAUAAAUCCAACUAUUAAUUAUGAAUAAAAUUUGUAAAGAAAUUUGCCAACUUGA